CUCUCUCUCUCUCUCUGAUCGAUGCAACCUUCUGUCUGUCCGUCCUCUUUGAAGAAGCCUGCUUGCUUUUGAUUUGAAAUUUCAUUUAACAUUCAAACUCACCCCUCCAAUCAUGCACGUCACCUCUCUCUCCCUCUCUCUCUAACACAAUUACAUCUCUCUCUCUCUCUCUCUCUCGUUGUCCUUUUCUCCUCUCCCUGCAACCAGGCUUCUUCAAGCAACCUAUCUCCUGCAUCUACUAUCCAUCAAUGGAGGAGGCAUCGUCGCCCAUGAUCUCCAUUAAGCAGACUCUACAGCUGCAAGACCACCACGCAAAGCAACCGCCCUCCUCCCCUUUCAAGAAAAGCAGCUUCGUCUCCUCUCUAAUGGAGGCUGCCGCCCUCCGCUCUCCCUCCUUCCGGGAAGACUCCUACUUUGUCUCCCACCUCAAGUCCUCCGAGCGCAAGGCCCUGAAGCAGCUCAAAGACAAGCUCACGGCUACAGCGGCCACCGCUCCCCCCGACGUCUCCAUGUGGGGCAUCCCCCUUCUAGCCUUCGGAAACGACCGCGCCGACGUCGUUCUCCUCAAGUUCCUCCGCGCCAGAGACUUCCGGGUCUCCGACACCCUCCACAUGCUCCUCAACUGCCUCUCUUGGCGCAGGGAGUUCGAGGCCGACGCCAUUCUCGAUCAGGACCUGGGCUUCAAGGAGCUCGAAGGGGUGGUGGCUUAUAUGCACGGCUUCGACCGAGAAGGCCACCCCGUUUGCUACAACGAUUACCGGGUUUUUAGAGACAAGGAUCUGUUCGAGAGAGUGUUUGGAGACGACGAGAAGCUCCACAGGUUUCUGAGAUGGAGAGUUCAGGUGCUCGAGAGGGGGAUCAAGCUUCUGCAUUUCAAACCUGGCGGGGUUAACUCCAUUAUUCAAGUCACCGAUCUCAAAGACAUGCCCAAGAGAGAGCUCAGAGUCGCCUCCAAUCACAUCCUCUCCCUCUUCCAGGAUAAUUACCCUGAAAUGGUUGCUCGUAAGAUAUUCAUCAAUGUGCCCUGGUACUUCAGUCUGCUGUAUUCAGUGUUCAGUCCGCUCCUGACCCAGAGAACUAAGAGCAAAUUUGUGAUAUCAAAGGAAGGGAAUGUGGCAGAGACCCUCUACAGGUUUAUCAGGCCAGAGGACAUUCCGGUCAAAUAUGGUGGAUUGAGUCGGCCCAAUGAUCUGCGGAACGGUCCGCCGAAACCGGCUUCCGAGUUCAUCGUCAAAGGGGGAGAGAAAGUGAACAUUCAAAUUGAGGGCGUGGAGGGUGGCUCAACAAUAAUCUGGGAAAUUGUGGUGGGAGGAUGGGAUUUAGAGUACAGCGCAGAGUUCGUGCCGGUGGCCGAGGGCAGCUACACCAUCGCCGUGGAGAAACCCAGAAAGAUGGCCGCCGCCGAGGAGGCGGUUCAGGACACAUUCACCGCCGGUGAGGCCGGAAAACUAGUGCUUUCCGUCGACAACUCCGCCUCCCGGAAAAGAAAAGUGGCCGCCUACCGCUAUACCGUACGGAAACCCACAGCCAUAUCUAAUCAACUUGAGUAAGAAGAGGGGGGGCGGGGUUGCGGUUGGUUGUGUUUUUCCCACUUUUUUCUUUUGCUUUCAAUUCUUCCAUCCGUAGGAGAAUUCAAUUCAAUUAUUAGGGUUUGAAUUGUGAACUCCAUCAUGUGAUUCUCUUCCCUAAUGGAAUGGCAGUACAGUAGCGUAGCGUAGUGUAUAAAUGGUGGCAUGAUGUUGGAAAGUGGUGACUUUGCCAGAGCCAAGAAGAAAUUAUUUCACGUCUCU